UCUGUGAGUAUUCUUCCAGAUCUUGUGUCGCCAAUACCAAACCCCUUGCAAUUACUUAUGAAAUUCGUUAUUUUUACCUAUGAUGACAAUUCAAUUGACACAGAUAGAACGGAGCCUGAUGAAGCAAUGCUGACAAUGAGGUGCCGACUACUGAAUCCUGUGUCUAAUGGUUUUCUUCUGUUAGGCCGCCGAAGUGAAAUCUUACAAGCACAUGUACCGAAAGCCACAAUAUACAACAAAUCUAGAAUUGGCAACCGAGAAGUGGUUGGAUUCGGAUUUAACGGCGAUUAUUCGUACAUUGAUCGUACAGACUUUCCAUUUCCUGCAAUACGUUUCAAAAAAUCAACUCCCGAUGUUUUGGCGUUAAGAGAAAAAGAGCGCGGUGAUUGGCGAAAAUUAUCUAUAGAAGAGAAGAAAAGUUUAUACAGAAUAAGUUUUUGUCAGACAUUCGCAGAAAUGAACGCACCGGACGGAGAAUUAGGGGGAAUUAUUGGUUGGUCUCUGUUCUUCAUCUCAAUCUCAUUGUGGGUGCACGCGUUGAUCGUAUCCACCUACGAUUCUGCACCGACCUCUUUCAGUCCUGAAGCUAGAAUAGCUCAGUAUCUUCGUCAGGAGGGUAUUAACAAUCAGCCAAUAAGCGGUAAUUACAAACCACCUGGCGUUGAUGAGUGGCUAAAGGCCAACAAGGCCCAAGAUAUGGAGGAAUGACCGGAAUGAGCAGGAGGAACGAAAUAGAACGAAUCUGGGUCUACAGUGAUAGCAUAAUUAUUGCCAUAAAUAGACAGUAUCCCAUUUUUAACGAUAUAAAUUUAACCAUUAGUACAUAGUGCCGACCGUUAGUAUCGAAUGAAUAUACUGCUUCCUCAAUAAUUUUGAGUUUAUAUUUAUACUUAAAUUAUUGAUCUAGUAUAAUGUCUAUGGUAAUGUGAAUGUAAAACUAAUUUCGCACGAAAGAGUAAAUAAGAAAAUAAAAUAAAUAUACUUGAAUGUAAAUAAAAUGAGAGGUUUGAUCUGCUGUCACUCAAAAACUGCUACUUGUGAGAACUGUACGUAAGUUUUGAUAAGACCAACAUAAACUGCACAUUUAUCAAUCCGCGGAAUCAAUAAAUUUUAACGUU